AUGCAGGGAGCACUUCGGAGGGGGUCGAGCCUGCUGGGGGGUACACAAGAGUACACUGCGCUCAACUUCGUGUUCAAGAAUCUGUGGGAACAGUUUCAUCGUCCGGCCAACGUGUACUUCCUGGGGAUAUCGAUCCUCCAAUGCAUCAAGCCCAUAAGUAUUACCGGUGGUACGCCCACGACGCUCGCCCCGCUCACGGCCGUCCUCAUUGCAACGUCCACCAAAGAUGGAAUUGAAGACUUCACUCGGCACCAGGCGGACGCGCAAGAGAACUCGCGAACUGUAACACGACUCGUCGUACCCGGCCAGCGAAGAAACAGCGUUGCGGGAGGAAAAGGUGGUGGCGGCCGCGGUGGGAAAGAAAGAAAAAACUCGGGAGGCAGCAUCAGGGGCAGUAAACCGCGACCGCCUGCCGCCACGGAAGAAGUACCUUGGAUGGACGUUCAGGUGGGAGACGUGCUGGAGAUCCGAAAUCGAGAAAAUAUCCCGGCGGAUCUGGUGAUGCUGUCGUGCAGCGACCCCAAAGGAACUUGCUUCGUUUUGACCUCUAAUCUCGACGGUGAGACUAACCUGAAGCCACGGGUUGUGAGCCCGGAUCUUCGGGCGGUGAUUGCCGCUGCCGACGGCGCAGCCGCUGUCGCGGAGUCGGCAGGGGGGUUAGCUGGGGGCGAACAAGGAAGUGUGCUGGCGUUGGCGGCGAAGGGCGCCUUGGUGGAGUGCGAUCUGCCCAACCAGAAGCUUGAGCACUUCGACGGCGCGUUGGUGCUGCAAGGGGGCGAACGAAUACCGCUGCAAGGUAAGAAUAUACUCUUGAGGGGGUGUCAGCUGCGGAACACCGAGUGGUGUCGGGGAGUGGUGGUGUACACGGGGCGGGAGACGAAGAUCCAGAUGAACGCAGCCGAGCCCGCUCCGAAGUCGUCCUCCCUCAAACCUUAUGUCGAUCGGGAGACUCUCCACGUGCUGUGCGUGCAGAUAUUUUUGUGUCUUGUGGCCGCCGUUUUCGCCGGGAUUCGAGCCGCCGGGUCCGACGUGGAGAACAUGUACUUCAUUCUGGGGCAGGACGAGGAACCCCAGUCCCCGGCCCUCGUCGCUUUCCUCAAGUUCUGGUCCUUCAUCAUCAUCUUCACCAACUUCGUGCCGAUCUCCCUGCUCAUCACGCUCGAUAUGGUCAAGGUUUUUCAGUCCAAGUUCAUCGCGUGGGACAGGCAGAUGUACCACGAGGCCCGGGAGUUCGACGGGACGAAGAGACCGAUGCCCGCGCAGGUGAGGUCGAGCGAGCUGAACGAGGACCUCGGCCGGGUGAAGCACAUUUUCAGCGAUAAGACGGGUACCUUGACGUGCAACAUCAUGAACUUCCGGAAGUGCAGCAUUCGCGGCCAAAUGUUUGGCCUAGGCACGACCGAGAUUGGCCUAAACUACCGCCUUAGGAACGGUCUUCCUGUGCCGACAGUACCCCCGCUGCCGCCGGGGGCGAAGCGGACGCCGCACGUGAACUUCAUCGAUCCCGAAUUCUCGAGGGUGGUGGAGAACAAGGCGCACCCUCUGCACGAAGCCGCUGUUGAGUUCUACCUCCACCUUGCCUUGAACCACGAGGUCCAGCCAGAGCAGCAGCAGGACGGCAGCGUGGUCUACUCUGCCUCGAACCCAGACGAGGGUGCCCUCAUCUACGCGGCCUCCCACUUCGGGCACCGCUUUCUCCGGCGGGACGGGAAGGACAUUACCGUCGCCGUCACCACCCGGCACGAGCAGCCGCUGGCAUCACAGCCCACCUCGAAGCCGACGUCUUCGGGAAGCAGCAACAGCGCUCGCGGGGGGCGAUGUGGCAGCACAUCCUUGUCGAUGCAGCAACAGAACGCCGGGGGUGGCGCUAAGAUCUCCUCUAUGUCUCCCCCCCCGCCCCUUUCCACGGGCGGGGGGGCAGAUGUCUGCGGGGGUUCCCCUGUAGUGGGGGGAGAGGAAGAGGAGGUGGAGGAAAAGAUCUUCCAUGUCCUGCACACCUUUCCUUUCACGAGCGACCGAAAACGGAGCUCUGUGGUUGUACGAAAGGGGACGGGAGGGGUGGUGGUGUACUGCAAGGGGGCGGACAACGUAAUAUUGGAGCGGCUAGACUUGGCGAAGAACCCCGCGGAGCUCGUGAAGACGGUGAAGGAGAACAUCGCCGAAUUUACGCGAGACGGUCUUCGAACGCUGCUGACCGCGAAGACGGAACGGUCGGAGGAGCAGUACCUGGAAUGGCUCUCAGAUUUCCAGGCGGCUGAGACCAGCAUGAAGGGCCGAGAAGAGAAGGUCCAACGCACUCCUUAG